UUAACUAUCUCUAAGAAUUGGCUAGCCCUGGCUGUCCCUCCAGGGUCAGCAAAGCCCCCAAAUGUCAAAACACCAAAAAAUACAGACUACGAAGAGAUGACUAACACAUCACUUAAAGAUCUCCUACCACUAUGCCAGGGUGGCCAACAAGGCCCUUCAUCUUCCCUUGCCUUCAGGGAAAGGAAGGCACAGCAGAAAAUAGAGAAACCGGUGUCCCUGGGAUCCUGGCAGGAUUUCUCUGUGACUCUGCCAGCUCCCCUGGCCAUUACUGCCCUGAGCUGCCAGGAGCCUAAGAAGAUGAAGGCAUCCGUGGUUCUGUCUCUCAUUGGCUACCUUGUGGUUCCAAGUGGCGCUGCCGUCAUGGCACGCUGCAGGGUGGCGAAGAAGCUUUAUGAAGGAGGCCUGGAUAAUUUUGAGGGCUACAGCCUUGAAAAUUGGGUGUGCCUGGCUUAUUUUGAGAGCAAGUUCAACCCCACGGCCAUCUACGAGAACUUGCCUGGUGGCUACACUGGCUACGGCCUCUUUCAGAUCCGCAGCCAUGACUGGUGCGACAGGGGCAAGAACCGCUGCCACGUGUCCUGCUCUGCUUUACUGAAUCCAAAUUUGAAGAAGACGAUUGAAUGUGCCAAGAGAAUUGUAAAAGGAAAAGAUGGUAUGGGAGCAUGGCCCUCCUGGUCCCUGAACUGCCGGUUAGCGGACAAUCUGGAGAGGUGGUUGGAUGGGUGCAGGUUCUAGCUGCAGAGGCGACCCUCACACUCUCCAGGGGCACCUUCCAAAUGAAGAUGCUUUCCUGUUUGCUGCCUUCACUCAACCCUGUUGAUUAUCUCACCGCUGGACAGCUCCAGAUGGAAAAGGACAAACAGUUUGCUUCAUCCGGGGAUGAGAAAUGCAGAAUAAACCAGCUACUUAUGCAA